CCCUAUUUUGGUCAUUAAGGAAAGACUACCUGUAUUCUGUUAUGCUCUCUUACUAAUACUAAUGAGAGAUACCUGAAGAGGUGCAGUUGAAACUUAAGUGUUCUUAUUUGGAGAUCCAUUGUAAAUUAAUAUUCUUUUUUCAAGUGUGUACCUAGGACUUCGACCUCUGUUGUACUUUGAAGUCAUAUAAGUAGUUACUGUUUUUGUUGUAGCCAUUUAAUGUACUUAAAACACACGUAGUUUGAAAAUAUAGAAAUAAAUAUAGCCCAAGCCAUGCAAACUAUUUUUGAUACUGGUGUGCUCUUUACCAUGGCAUGGUUUUACAAUUUGAACAUCCCAGGAAUAUUUGAAUAAAUGUUUAUUUAAAAUGUUUGUUUUUUACAUAUACAUUCUCUGUCUAAAUGUUUAUCUGUAUGAUAAAGCUGACUGCUACCUCUGAAUAAGUCACCUUCAAACAUGACCUCCAAGAUAUUUAAUCAAUGACCUGAAAGUAAAUUGCCAACAAAAUAGAAAUAGCCCAUUUAGCUCAGAAAAGCAGUAUGCUUUCACCUCAAUCUUUUCAUUGGCAUAUUGAUAACAUCACUCUUGUUGUUGUGUAGCAUCUGAGUCUUGAUGUGUGAAAGUUUGUGCUAGCAUCAGUAUGUAAGAAAGGUUUCAUCUGAAGAUUUCUGCCCAUCCACUUCCUGUUAAAGGCACAGGAGCCCCAUCAUAAAAAUAUUGGCAACCUGUGUACUAAAGUAGUUAAAGAUAAUUUAUUCUGUGGGCAUUGCUACUGAAGUAUUUACAACUCAGAAUCCACAUAGGUGUAUUGCAUUUUAUCCCUGAUUGCCUAGAUGAUUUAUGGGGGAACAGAUAUUUGACUAAAAUCACUAUGGUCGAAUUCGUACAACACGUUACAGUCGUACUGAUUUUGGCUUGAUGUGUUGUGUGAACGCAGUCACUGUCCUAUACCUAACCCAACCAAAACCACAUUGUACUUUAGUAUGUUAUGUGAACCAGGCUACUGUGGUCUAUGCAAGUAUAUUUGCAGCAGUGAAAAUAUGGUACUUUUCCCUCACGAAUUUAAUUGAAACAAUAGGCUCACUCAGUGUAACAACUUCAAUGCAAAAGGAAAACAAAGCAGUCAUGGGGAAAUCUCUUUCCAUGCCUUUACCUGCUUCGAAAGAAGAUGGGAUUUCAUCCUCUGAUAACAUGAAAAAUGGAUUAAUCCACUCAGAAGCUCAUAAUGAAGAUGGAAAAAAUGGAGAUGUGUCACAGUUUCCAUAUGUUGAAUUUACAGGAAGAGAUAGUGUCACAUGUCCCACUUGUCAGGGCACUGGGAGAAUCCCACGUGGACAGGAAAAUCAGCUUGUUGCCCUGAUUCCAUACAGUGAUCAGAGACUGAGGCCAAGAAGAACAAAACUUUACGUGACUGCUUCGGUAAUCGUAUGCUUACUGCUUUCUGGGCUGGCAGUAUUUUUCUUAUUUCCUCGAUCUAUUGAUGUGCAGUACAUUGGAGUCAAAUCGGUAUAUGUCAGUUAUGAAGCACAGAGGCGCAUAAUAUAUUUAAAUAUUACGAAUACAUUGAACAUAACAAAUAACAAUUAUUAUUCUGUUGAAGUUGAAAACAUUACAGCCCAGGUACAGUUUGCCAAGACAGUGACUGGAAAGGCACGUCUGAACAAUAAUACCCACAUUGGACCGUUGGAUAUGAAACAGAUUGAUUAUAUGGUACCUACAGUAAUACAAGAUGAAAUGAGUUACAUAUAUGAUUUCUGUACUUUAAUUUCUAUCAAAGUGCAUAACAUAGUAGUCAUGAUGCAAGUGACUGUAACCACUUCCUACUUUGGCCACUCAGAACAAAUAUCUCAGGAACGAUACCAGUAUGUAGACUGUGGUGGAAACACAACUUACCAGCUGGGUCAGACUGAAUAUCUAAAUGUGCUUCAGCCUCUUCAAUAAAAGAAGAAGAAAUUGAAUCUGUAGAAGGAAAAAAACAUGACUGUUGGUUUUUCACUGCUCAUCCAAGUUGAACUUUUGAUUAUAUAUGGUACUGCUUAGUGGUGGAUGUACAUAAAGUAGCGGGUCUGAAGGUUUCCUUAUUUUGUGGCAUAAACAAAGGACAAACUGCAUAUAUCCACACUUAAUAACUUCUACCUUUCCACUCUAAAUGUGUAAGUAUUGUGUCAAUCAGUUAAAUUGGGGGUGUCAGAAAAAGAGAUAAACUUCUUAAAUCUAUGAACUUUGUAUUUGCCUAUAUGAAAACAUGGAUAUGUUACUCUCCCAACAUGUGUUUUUUGUUCUAAGUAGGCUAAUGAUAUAAUAAUUUCAGAACUUGAUUGUUUUAGUUGAAGUCUAGAUAUUUGUUGUACAGAAAUAAUUUGGGCCCCACUGUAUCAUUAGAUGACACAAGCUUGUUUUAAUAACCUUAGGACAGAUCAGUGUUUACUGUGUUGGGAUUUUGUUUGUUGAAAAUUCUUUUACGGGUGGAGUGCUUAUUACAGCAGCUUUUCACAAGGUCCAACAAUUUGCUUGAAAACUUGGAAGAGAUUGAAGAUGAAUAGCACUUAAUUUAGACACAUUUGAUGUGUGUUGCUGAGUUGAAGAGAAGAAAAAAAUGUAAUGCAUUAAAAAAAUCUCCAGUUAUUAAAAAUAACUGAAUCAGUGCAUAUGCUUCAAAGGCUGACUCUAUGAAAAGCACUUUAAUGCAUUUUGUUACCUUUCGUGUUAAUAUAAAUGCUUAUCAUAGACUGGAUGGUCACUUUCUUGGUUUCAUGUGUGCUUCUCAUUUAAACAUAUAAAUAGUCCUUGAAAAUACAAAGUUAAAGUAGCUAAGUUUCUAACCCUGUUGAUAAGUUUUGUGUGAGAAUAAUAAUUGAUAAGAGCUAUGGUGCUGAAAAGAAUCUUGUAUGGAUUUAAAUCUGAUUGAUAAGAUUUUUCUAUUAUGUAUUUUUGCUAACUGGCAGAAUAGUUUCGAAGCCUAUUUAGCAAAUGUUGAUGGGGAAUGUCGCAUUAUAAUCAUUUUUAAUAUUUUUGCUUCUUGCAACAACUCAUCCAUGAAUAGAUUUACUGAAAUCAAAAGACUAGCUUUGCACUAGUGUGAGAUAAAUAUAAACUAAUGGUUUGAAUUUUAAAAUCUAAAAAAUGACCUCACUAAUCAGUGCUCUUAUGGUAAUGGAUUAUUGACUCCUCUUUUGUAAUGGAAUACAGCAAAAAUUUUUAAACAUACCAACAAUGAACAGGUAUUUUUCCACUUGUUGGAUUCCUGAAUUCUCACCCACCAUCGCUACCAUUUUGAGACUAACACAGAAAGCAGAAUUGGUAAAUUACACGAAUCAGUACAAAAUGUAGUCAGAAGUUGAUAACGUGUAACUUCAAGAUCAUCUACGCAUCACUAGGUUAACUAAAGGUUUCAUUGGACUUUCUAUUGUAUUCUGAAAGCUGCAACAGUUAGAAACGUUUAGGAAGGAAGAUGAGGGUGGACAGAUAGCAGCAAGUGAUUUUUUUUAACAAAUCCUUCAUAUCAUUUUAAUGGACUACAGUCAUUCCAAAAAACACAAGAUUUGUCUAAUUAAAAAUGAUUGGUGUGGAAACUAUGUUGCAAAUAUGUUUUUACAAAUCUGCAACUCAGUCAGGAUUUUUGAUGGCAUUGCCUGGAAAUAGUCUCACAGUUUAACACAUCAUAAUUUUGGUGGAAUGGAAAAUGAACUAAAACCAAGAUACCCACUUGUUUCCUGACAAUGACUGGGUAAAUACAGUAUAUCCAAAUCCAGUUCAAACAAACUUCUGUUAUAACUGUUACUUGAAAUAUUCUGGUGCACAUUCUGUAAGAGAGAGACAGCACUUUAAAUAAAAUCUGGUUCUGCAAAAUAGCAGUCCAAGAACUGCCUUGUAGUGACAUUUAAAUGUGUGCUGGGAAUACAAACCUCAUGCUAUUGAUAUCAAAUUGGGUGUCAAAUUAAUACCUUACUGCCAGCAAAUAUAACUGUGGAGUGAUCGAAAUACAGUAAUGUUUGCACCCAUUAAUGAUACAUACUAGCUACAUGCUUAUUUCAUAAAAUGAAAUUUUCAGAGCAGCUCUUGGAUUUCAUGUUACUUAUAAAAUGCCAUUCUAUAUUUUGAAUUAUAUGUGUAUGGUAUACACAUUGCUGUACUAUUCUGUAAUUGUAUUGUGGUAAAUUAUUCAAGCAUAUAUGCUUUGAUUAAAUUCGUAUGAAUUGCCAAUUAAAUAAAAUUAUAAAGACAGCAAUUUGGAAUGAUCUGGUUCGGUGUACAACACAGUACAAUGGUUCAGGAGAAGAAAAUAUGAUGAGAUCCUAUUUAUUUAAAAAUAUCACUGUUAAGAAUAAAACUCAGUUUCCUAAGUUGGGGUGUUUUGGAUAACUUCACAUCACUCAAAAUCAAGAAGAACAGCUUUAGCUGUUUACAUACAAGGAUGUGGCAAAGCUGAGGCUUUGUAUAGCUCCUUCCCACAACAACAAACCAGGCUUUCCCAACCCAGAUGCUCUAGAGAUCUGUAGACUUCAACUCCCAGAAUUCUCAGCAAUGGCCAUGCUGUUGAGAAACCCUAGGAAAUAAAGUUCAUGCAACUGGAGGCACCUAGGUUGAAUGAGGUUGUACUGAGCCAUGAUUUAUCUUCAUAACUGAGCUAGAAAUUUGUCAGACCCUAUUGCCUUUUCCUUGAUGGAAGUGCAAUUGGUGUGUCAAAAUAAUGUACCUGGAGAAAACAGAAGUAGUUAUAAAGAUGAUUAUAUAAUUAGCAUAUUAAAAAUCCCUUUCUGAAGAAAAUAGCACUAUUGUCAUCUUAUGUGUAUCUUGAAUGCCUUGGUUAUAAAGUUGUUACCUUAGAUAUAAAUGUUACCAUAAUCCUCCCUACAUCCUAUGGAGUAGAAAUGAAUUUACAAAGUUAGAAUUCUAGAUAUGCAUUACAAUUUGUUUUGGAGUAAGAACAAUUGUAAUUAUUCUAUCAUCUGCUUAGUUCAAUGUUUCUCAACCUUAGCAACUUUAAGACGUGGACUUCAAUUCCCAGAAUUCCCCAGCCAGCUAGUCCACACAUCUUAAAGUUGCCAAGGUUGAGAAACACUGGCUUAGUUGAUAAGGAUUGGGACAGCCCUACAAUUUUUAUUAGAACAUAAAGAAUUUGACAUAACAAAUUAACUUCAUUUUU